AUGAAGAGUGAUGAAAAUAUCGUUAACACCGAAACUGGAAAAAAGAAAAAAGGUGUCAAAAAGAUAAUUGGAAACAAAGAUAGUGAAGAUUGUAAACUGAAGGCGAAUAAGAUUUUGAUUAAAAAAUCUUUCUUUUCAGUAAGUAACGUGAUGAAGUGUCACAGAGAUGAUGUAGUUGAAUAUCUAAAGUCAAAUGAUAUUAAUGUGUUAUCGUGUUACCCAGUGCUGAAGCGUUCAGAAAUGGCAAACGAUAGCACACCUGAUAUUGAAAAUGAGCAUUCAACAAUGUUUCGAGUUUGUGUAGAAAGUUGUGACAGCAAUAAAAUGAAAAAUCCUGAUAUCAUUCUGAAACAUAUUAUUGUAAGAGACUGGCACUUUAAAGAAAAAAAACCCGCAAAUAAUUUUGACAACAACCAUGGAUAG